CACGCUCAGUCUGUUGCUGCCACCACCCAGGGGACAGGGUGAGGAGGUGGUGCAGCGCUUAGAGGCUUUCCCUGGGCGGUCUUCAAGGGACCACGAGGUGCCAGUGUGGCAGCUGUGACAGCCGUAUCCUCGUGCGCCUGCUUGGGCAAUAGAUCAUUUUCUAGCCUCGUUGGCUGAAAAAGACACAGAACACGAAGAGAAAGUGGAGUCUUAGAAACUUUGAAUCUCAGAAACUCCGGAGGAGCAUAGUGACUAGCGAUGGCGUCACUGAUUCUAACUCUGGAACCUCACUAUUGUCACGUUGCUGGAAUGUUACCUCAUGGCCUGUUCUUAGGCAUGUGGCUGUGUGGGGGAAGGAAUUUGAGACUGGGAGGCCAGAGACUGGGGUUCUGUCCCCUCCCCACCAGGAAGUCUCUAAAGCCCUUGGGUCCCCUGGAGGAGGAAGGUUCUACAUAGUUCUACCCAAUGCGACUCCCCUCCCUAUCUGGAGGGAGGGCCAGUCUCUGAGCAAAGCCACAUGGGUAUCAGUGGGGAGUGGGUCUUUCAGGGAGUCCAGAAACCUGCUGUAGGGUGCAGGCAGAGUGGAGGCAGGCUUUGGGAGGCUCAGGCCAGCUGCAGCAUUUGGGCUGAGCCCCAACUGCUGUGGCCCCGGAGGCCCUGGGAGGGGCACCGCUGCUUGGUGGCAGGCUCCUUCAGUGCUGAACUGGGAGUUCUCAGGGUAUCUUUCUGGUCCAGCUGUGGGGACGUGGGCAACGUGUGUAAGGGCCCAGCGUGGUGGCUGCCCUGUCCUUAGCCCGACAAGUGUUUGCUGUGGCUGGUGGCAGUCUCUUCUUUCAGUCCCCAGUGCUUUUCUGGGCCUCCACCUCCCUAAGAGUGGGCUGACUCUACAUUCCAGUUUACCCAGAAGAGUUGUUUCAUUCUUGAUAAUCAACAGCAUCCCUUUCGUUCUUUUUUUUUUUUUUUUUUGAGGGCGGAGAGCAGAGAUGGGGCCCUUUUUUGUUUGUUUGUUUGUUUGUUUUGAGAUAGAGUCUUGCUCUGUCUCUGUUUCCCAAGCUGGAGUGCAGUGACAUGGUCUCUGCUCACUGCAACCUGUGCCUCCUGGGUAUAAAGCGGUUCUCCUGCCUCAGACUCCUGAGAAGCUGGAAUUACAGGUGCAUACCACCAUGCCUGGCUAAUUUUUUUUUUUUUUGAGAGACAGAGUCUUGCUCUGUUGCCCAGGCUGGAGUGCAGUGGCACAAUCUCGGCUCACUGUAACCUCUGCUUCCUGGGUUCAAGCGAUUCUCCUGCCUCAGCUUCCCAAGUAGCUGGGACUACAGGUAUGUGCCACCACGCCCAGCUAAUUUUUGUAUUUUUUUUAGUAGAGAUGGGGUUUCACUGUAUGUUGGCCAGGCUGGUCUCGAACUCCUGACCUCAUAUGAUCCUUCCACCUUGGCCUCCCAAAGUGCUGGGAUUACAGGCAUGAGCCACUGCGCCUGGCCUAAUUUUUGUAUUUUUUUUUAGUAGCAAUGGGGUUUCGCCAUGUUGCCCAGGCUGGUCUCAAACUCCUGACCUCCUAUGAUCUGCCCACCUCAGCCUCCCAGAGUGCCAGGAUUACAGGCGUGAGUCACCGCACCUGGUCGAGAUGGGGCUCUUUCUAUGUUGCCCAGGCCAGUCUUGAACUCCUGACCUCCCAAAGUGCUAGGAUUACCACCACAUCUAGCCCCUUUCUUUUUUCUUUUUUUGAGACGAAGUCUCACUCUUGUCCCCCAGGCUGGAGUGCAGUGGCGUGAUCUCGGCUCACUGCAACCUCUGCCUCCCGGGUUCAAGCGAUUCUCCUGCCUCAGCCCCCUGAGUAGCUGGGAUUACAGGCGCCUGCCACCACACCCGGCUACUUUUUGUAUUUUUAGUAGAGACGGGGUUUCACCAUGCUGGCCAGGCUGGUCUCGAACUCCUGACCUCAGGUGAUCUGCCCACCUCAGCCUCCCAACGUGCUGGGAUUACAGGCGUGAGCCACCACGUCUGGCCCCAGCCCCUUUCAUUCUUAACAGCAUCCAGUUGAACCAUAUGGCACAUGCUUGUCCUGUCCAUCAUCGUAUUGGAUAAGGAGCCACAGAGACCUCACUGAGCUGCUGGCUUUCCAUGGCUGUGCGUCCGUCCCUAUUGGAGCAGGCGAGCAUACCUGUGGGCUGCAUCACUUUGAAUGAGGACGCUGAGGCUCAGAGGAGCUUGCCCGGGGCCCCAGAGCAGGGGAAUACCUGCAGCCCAGUAGGCCAGGCCCUGUAGGCUGGACAGCCACGGAAGCAGGCAGUCAGGUCCUGCAGAAUGCGCAGACUUGUAGGUCGCCUGCGCUCUGUGUGGCUGGUGGCAGGUAGUCCUGUGGCAAAGGCUGUUGGGGCAGGAGUGGAGCAGCAGGUGACACCUGAUAAAACAAGUUGGGACUGGACAGUGGGCUUGAUGGCAGCAGAGGGCCUGGGUGACACCCUAGUGAGGCUGAGGGGAUCUGGCGGUGGAGCGCUAGGAUCAGACGCCCCCGCGAUGACCAGCUCCCCCGUCUCCAGAGUCGUGUACAACGGCAAGAGGACCAGCAGCCCCCGCUCCCCACCCAGCAGCAGCGAGAUCUUCACCCCAGCCCACGAGGAGAACGUCCGCUUCAUUUACGAAGCGUGGCAGGGCGUGGAGCGAGACCUGCGAGGCCAGGUGCCAGGUGGCGAGCGGGGCCUGGUGGAGGAGUACGUGGAGAAGGUCCCUAACCCCAGCCUGAAGACCUUCAAGCCCAUCGACCUGAGUGACCUGAAGCGCCGGAGCACGCAGGAUGCCAAGAAGUCCUAGAGCGCCCGGCGCCUCUACCCGGCCUCCGGAAGAUCAGGGUGCGAGGUGUCGGUUCCCUCCUGUCCUGUGGCCCUGCCCAUGGGAUGGGGGUGCCUUGCUCCAGCGGGCUGCAGACCCCAGCACUGGCGUGACUGACGGCUGAGGCCUGCCUCUCCUUCCCAAGCCCCCUUCCUUCAUCCUUGGGGGUCUCAGGCUGCCCCCAUCAUGGGGGUCUGGGCCCUGCCCACCCUCCUGCCCUCCCCCAGCCACCUGGCUGCAUUUUUGAAGCUGCCUGGCCCCCAGGGGCCCUGACCUGACCUCUCUCCUCUCCCCUCACCCUCCUGCCCCUGGCCACUGCAGGAUCAGGAGGGGAGAAGAAGGAGCCUCUGCUGCCUCCCAGGCUGCUGGGACUGGGCUGGUUUUGUCCUUGAAGUGGUCAGGAUACAGGACAAGGGCAGCCCCACCCCAUCCAGCCUGGGCUCCCCGCAGACCCUUGCUGCUCCCGUGGCCUGGACACACUGGGGAGCUUCUCACACCUACCCCUACCGUCCAGCCUGGCCUCUUCCCUGAAUCAGCUUCAAGAUGGCACCAGCUCUUUGGGCCUAGGAUACUGCCGGGCCCCCCAAGGGGGUCCCCAGCAACCAGGCCUGGCCUCCUGGUGUCUGCGGUCACAGUGGCCCCUGGGCAGGGGCACCCAGGCUGACCCUGAGGUGCUGCUUCUGGGUCUGUCUUGGCUCUGGGGUGUGCUGGGAGAGUCACCAGGUCCCUUUUUCUUCCUGUGCCCUCUGAAAGCCAAGUGUCUGUGUGGCUGUGGAGCUUGAGGGUCUGUGAAUAAAGGCGGCAGCGCUGGG